GGUCGUCUUUCUUCUUCUCUUGUAGAGCAAAGAUGCCAUCAAUGGCGCAAACCCCAAACCCCAGCGCCAACGGCAACCUCUCCUUUAACCACAACAACAACAACAACAAUAAACCCAACUUCUUUGCCAGGAGUCGGAAGAUUUUAGAGCAGCGGAAGUCUCUUCCUAUUGCUUCAGUUGAGAGAAGACUUAUUGAGGAGGUUCGGAAACAUGAUAACUUAAUCAUUGUUGGUGAAACUGGAAGUGGGAAAACAACCCAGAUACCUCAGUUUUUAUUCAAUGCUGGGUUCUGCCGUGGUGGGAAAACUGUUGGGAUAACGCAGCCUAGGCGUGUUGCUGCUGUUACUGUUGCGAAAAGGGUAGCUGAGGAAUGUGGUGUUGAGUUGGGGCAGAAAGUUGGGUAUUCUAUUAGGUUUGAGGAUGUCACUUCUAGCUCAACAAGUAUCAAGUACAUGACUGAUGGAUUACUUCUUAGGGAGGCAUUAUUGGAUCCAUAUCUCUCUAAGUAUUCAGUGAUCGUUGUUGACGAAGCUCAUGAGAGAACUGUCCACACUGAUGUAUUGUUGGGUUUGCUGAAAAAGGUACACAAUGUGAGGUCCAAAUAUAUAAGAGACCAUACUAGUGUAGGUCAUAAGAGGGCAAGUGAUGGUGCAAUCUUGGAGAAAGAAAACGCUGAUCCAUGCAUCAGUGUUUUAAAGCAAUGCGAGGGGAGGAAAUUACCUCCUUUGAAAUUAAUCAUCAUGUCUGCCAGCUUGGAUGCACGUGUGUUCUCUGAAUACUUUGGUGGUGCAAGAGCAGUUCACAUUCAAGGUCGACAGUUUCCAGUGGAUAUAUUUUAUACUGUCAAUCCUCAGACUGAUUAUUUAGAUUCAGCAAUUAUCACCAUUUUCCAGAUUCAUUUAGAGGAGGCCCCUGGUGACAUUCUUGUAUUUUUGACUGGGCAAGAAGAGAUCGAAUCUGUUGAAAAGCAAAUCCAGGACAAUUUACGACAAUUACCUGAAGAUAGUCGAAAAAUGUCAACAGCUCCUAUAUUUUCGUCUCUUCCUUCAGAACAGCAAAUGCGAGUUUUUGCACCUGCUCCUGCAGGUUUCCGUAAGGUUAUAUUAGCAACCAAUAUUGCUGAGACAUCAGUGACAAUACCUGGAGUUAAGUAUGUUAUAGAUCCUGGAGUUGUAAAAGCACGCUGCUAUGAUCCGAUCAAAGGGAUGGAAUCAUUGAUUGUUGUUCCAACUUCAAAAGCACAAGCACUCCAAAGAAGUGGACGUGCAGGGCGUGACGGACGUGGAAAGUGUUUCCGUCUCUACCCAGAGAGCGAGUUUGAGAAGCUUGAGGAUUCAACCAAGCCCGAGAUUAAAAGGUGCAACCUCUCGAAUGUCAUUUUGCAGCUCAAGGCCCUGGGUGUUGAUGAUAUUUUUGGAUUUGACUUCAUAGAAAAACCCUCAAGGGCUGCUAUUAAAAGAUCAGUGGAGGAGUUGAUCUUGCUAGGUGCUUUAACAGAUGACUGCAAACUGUCAGAUCCAGUUGGUCAUCAAAUGGCUCGUCUCCCAUUAGAUCCCAUUUAUUCUAAAGCUCUCAUCCUAGCUAGCCAGUUCAACUGCCUAGAAGAAAUGUUGAUUGCUGUUGCAAUGCUCUCAGUAGAAUCUAUUUUUUAUGAGCCGCGUGAGAAGAAAAAUGAGGCAAGAACUGCAAAGAAUUGCUUUGCAAGUCCUGAGGGAGACCAUCUCACUUUGAUAAAUGUAUACCGAGCAUCUAAUGAUUUAUUGGAGAAGAGAAAGUCAGAGGUUGGCAAAGACAAGCAUGAAAAAAUUCUUAGAAAAUGGUGCAAGGAAAACUUUAUCAGUAGCCGUUCUUUGAGACAUGCUCGCGACAUCCACAGUCAAAUCCAACAACAUGUUGAACAAAUGGGCCUUUGUAUUUCUUCUUGCGGAGAUGACACACUUCAGUUCCGUAGAUGCCUUGCUGCUGCUUUUUUCCUUAAUGCAGCUUUGAAGCAGCCCAACAAAACAUACAGGGCUUUGGCAAGUGGUGAGGUGGUGCACAUCCACCCUACUUCUGUAUUAUUCCACACUAAAGCUGACUGCAUUAUUUUCAACGAGUUUGUCAAAACUUCUAAGGAGUACAUCCGCAAUGUAACAAUAAUUGAUGGCUUUUGGUUGACUGAGUUAGCCCCCCACUAUUAUGCCAGGCAGGAGUAAUGUCUCUUAUGAGUAUUAACAGCAAAAGAUGUUGGUUGGAGGAUUGGCAUUCUUGGGUUGAUAUCUAUAUUUUGCCUUUGGGAGAAGUGGCCAUGAUGAUAUCAUUUGGACAAUGGAAUUCAGUUAUGCUCUCCCAGAUAGCUGAGAAUUUUGAAAUUUUCUCAACCCCUGAAUAGCUAUAGCUUUCGGAUAGAGUUCCAUGGGAUUUCCGAUAUGAGUGUUGACGAAGGGAGUCCUUGCAAAGGGUUUUCCCAUCUACAUUCUUGGGACGGAGUUAUGAAUUUUGGCAUCUCCAGCUGAAGGAAUCCAAGCUGUUGGAUUUUGAGAAGUUGAGAACUCAACUUACUCUUCAUCAUGAUAGGCUCGUGGCGACAUUGUAAGUCAGUCAUGGUACCAACUAACUCCUCACAUCACGGACUAAUUCUUUUACAACUUUCAUUUGUUUGUAAUGAUAUCUCCAGUUAGCCACUACUCCUUUGUAUUUUCUUCAGGAGUGCUACCUGUAAAGUUACAAAGGCCAAUUGGCUUCCUUGCCCCUGUAGUAGUAGAUAUCACCCCCAUUUUAGAACCAAAGAAUACCUGUAAAGGCUUAGAAUAUUUUUGAAACCCAGUUUGCUUCAAUCAUGAAUAUUCCCAUUACUUUUAACAGAUUGUAAUGUUUAGUAUUUGAAUCUCUAAAUUAUGUAUCUUCAUGCAGCUUUCUUGUCAUUUAACUCA